UGGUCGGGGGCAGCAGCUUCUGGACGCGGGUGCUGCAGAGGCACCCGAAAUGACUCGCCGCGGGUCCGUCGUCACGCUGCUCGUGUCUCUGCUGCUCUGCGUGUUUGCUCGCGAGCCGCGGAAGCAGUGGCCUGUUCCCUACAGGCGCUUUGACCACCGCCCAGAUGUGGACUCCUACUGUGAAGCGCUGUACCCUUUUUGCCCCACUGGGGACCGCGAUGGUCGGAUUCCCCGACUGAGGGACAGCGACGUGGUGUCAGUAUAUCGACUGCAAACUCCCGUGUGGGAAUUCAAGUAUGGAGACGUGCUGGGGAAGAUGCACAUCAUGCACGACGCCGUGGGCUUCAGCAGCUCGGAGAUGGAGACGAACUUCACCAUGGAGUGGUACGAGCUCUUUCAGCUGGGCAACUGCACGUUCCCUCACCUGCGUCCGCUCGUCAGCGCCCCCUUCUGGUGCAACCAGGGAGCCGCCUGCUUCUUCCAAGGCAUCGACGACCUGCACUGGUCCCAGAACGGAACCCUGGAGAAAGUGGGAGAAAUCACCGGGUCUCAGUUCAACGACCUGGCCCAGUGGGUCCAGGAUGACAACCGGACCGGGAUCUACUACGAGACCUGGACGGUGCGUUCUGACCCGAGUCCCAACGCCACCGUCUGGUUCGAGUCCUACGACUGCUCCCAGUUCGUCCACCGCACCUACAGGAAGUUGAGGGAGCUGGGAGCCAAGCUGCACAGCAGGUCGCAGACCAACUACACCAAGAUCUACCUGUACAGCGGAGAGCCCAUCUACCUGGGAAAUGAGAGCGCCAUUUUCGGGCAGCCGGCGUUGAGCAACCUGGCGCUGGACAUUCGUAAAUUCUACUACACUUUCAGGCCUCAUCAGUCGGUGGUGGACCUGCUGGUCAGCCUGCUGGAGGCCUUCACAGAGGUGGUGUUGGACAAGAGCUUCUAUCUCUACUACAACUUUGAGUACUGGCGCCUGCCGAUGAAGCCUCCAUACAUGAGGAUCACGUACGAGGAGGUGCCACUGCCCACGUGAUGGAUCCGCUGCUACAGAGAUCUCACUUUUUUUCCAAUAGUUUUAACCACAAAAUGUGUCAUUAAAUUCUGUUUUUUUCUGAUUUUGUAUCACCGAUUCACCUCUGUUUUGAACAUGGGAGGAAAACAGAGUUCCCAUAGGAACAAGCACAAUAACAAAUAGACGCUUGGAAAAAAAACAAGCCAGGUACAUUCACAAAUGUUUAUUACCAGCAGAAGAUCACAAGUCCAAAGCCUUUUUCGUUGAAGACAGAUGAUCGGGGAAAGCAGAGCUAUUUCUUUUCCGCACGGCCGCGAAGACAAUGUUGUCAUCGUGUCAAAUGAUUAGAUGAUUGUGAACGAACGAGCUUGAAAAAGAGCUGCUGACAGAAAGCAACUGACGUAAGCAGGAACUAAAGUGUCUCCCGGUGAAUUCCACCAACCAUCGAAGAGUUGAGGAAAAGCACGAGCCGAUAUGUGGCGUGACCCGAGAACCUUUUAUAUUUCAUUUUGCUGAAUAAAUAAAGCAGUGAAAGGAAUGGCUUCAUGACAAUCACACGCCCUUUUUUAACAUCAACUAUUUUUAUCACUUAUUGUAUUUGAACCCAAUUUAAAUAUUGGAAAAAACAAAAACAAA